GCUGUCGAUCUUUGUGUUGUGUGAAGUCAGUGCGCCUGUUGACAAAUUCGCGUGUAAACACCUGCAACGUUCGGCGACUGAGAGCAAUGCACACAGAGGACUCGAGUCGAGAGUUACAGACUAUAGUAUACAGUGUCAAUUGAAUACUUGUCAACGAACCCAUGAUUCAUUGAUUAUAGCAGCAAGCGUUUGAUUACAGAAUUGUGAAGAAUAAUUCGUGAACGGUGAGCGAAGUUUCAAGAGCUACACAGCACAACAUAUGAUUCUGAAUACCUCGCGAACAAGUUGUGUACAGGAAGUGCACAAGUAGGCCUAGACAGACUAGUACUAGUACUAGUAGCUGUCCUGCUAGUAGUAGUAGUGCACAGGAAAAUGAAGGAGUUGUCAUUUUGAUCGUUACAUCUGAUAACUGAUAAGGAAGAAAUUUGACAUGAUGUGGACGCCGACUCACAUUGAGUUGGUUGAUAUUUUCUCCAUUUUAAGUUCUGCGAGCCAGGCACCUCGUCGGCAAAGGAAAAGCCGGUACAAACGAUGCGUACGUUGUUAUGCAAUUGGGGAAAGCAAAGUACCAAACGUCCGUGCAAGAUAAAGCUAUCGACCCGGAGUGGAAUGAAGAAUGCGAUUUCGAGCUUCCGACAGAGGCGUCCGCCAUUGAGCUGACCGUCCUUCACAAGGACGUCAUUGGGCUGGACAAGUUCCUCGGACGCUGCCUGAUCAUGCUAGCUGACCUCGAUGAAUAUGGCAUGCCGCUCACAAGGUGGGUGGAACUUGGAGGUCGUCAUGACAACAAGGACAGCAAGUACCGCGGGGAGCUGGAGGUGCGGCUUACGUGCAUCGUGAGAAACCAUACGGAGGCGUCUCCCGAGCAAGGCAAGCUGAAGAAGGCCGCAGCAGUCGGCUCUCGAUUUUCAACGUCGCCAACAGUGUCGGGAACAAGCUGAACACUUUGGCAAGGCGGCGCGCCCUCUGUACAAG